AUUUGCCUAGCGCCGUUGCCGAUGUUUUCACAGCAUGCUUGCGGAGUUGGGAAGAAGUUCAGGCAAUGCGGCUUCUGGUCAGCAUAACUCAGACGAGGAAUCUACAUGCUUACAAUCCAGAGGCCCUCGUGACAGACCUGAAGGCUGGCAAGUCCUUCUUGCCGGGAAAUGGCCUUUCGCAAGACAGAGUGGCGCUAGAAGCGUCAGGCAGUGACAUCCUGUGCAUAUCCAUCAGGAAUACCCAGACACAAGCUUACGUUUACGAGCGGAAGAUACCAUUGUCUAGUUUGUCCAGCAUUUCAGCUUCCUGGUCCUCAUGGGUGGCACUGUUGGCACCUGGUGAUCCUCUUGCAACGUUUGACCAGGUGCCACCAAGCUGGGAGCAACCUCAGAUCUUCGUCUCCCUGGAGUUUGGGUCAAGCAGUGACCUUGGUAGUGGCAGGGGUCCAGUGGGUCCAGGCUUUGAGGAUUUGGAAGCACUCCAACAUGCGUUCUCAAAGCUGGAAAGGGAGCUCGAACUCAACAAACAGCAGGCUAGGGACCGGACACCUUCAGCUAUUGCUGCGCGUCCUUCACUUCUCGACAGAGAGGCAGCUGAGAUUCAGGCCAAAGAGCGUGAUAUGGCUGCCAUCAAGGCAAAGAUCUCUUCAAUGAGCGAUGCGAAGAGACAGGCCAGUUCAGCCGAGGAACAGCUGAAAGAGGUUGCGCAAGAGGUAGUAAAGAUGCGGGACCGCCUCAUCCACCUUGAGGCAGAGAUCAAGGAUGUGGGCGACCGGAAGCAAGCAACAGAAGCCGAGAUUGCCAACCUGCAGCAGAGUAUUGGCGAGGCCAAGGAGACCCUCCGCUUGCGAACACUUUCCGUUGCCGAGCUUCGGAGCAACCGUGACGAGACGGAGCGUCAACUCUCGCAAACUCUUCGCGAACGAGAACAGUGGAGGGAGAGUGCUAGUAAGGCUCAGCAGGACUUUGACUCUGAAGUGAAGUCUGCAUCUGUGGAACUGGACCACUGGCGUUCAGAGGCGCAGGAACUGGCUAGCUCCAUCGAGGAGCUGGACGAACAGAAGAAGGCGCUUGCAGAAAAGGCAACUUCAGAGCAGGAUUCACAGAAAGACUUCAUGGAUGUUUUACAGAAGGAGCUUGAGGAGGCAAUGGCAUCCUUCACAUCUAUGGAGGCCCAGCAGAACCUAGACAGCCAACAGCUGGCAGCAGCCGAAGAGCGUCAGCGCGACGCGGAAGAGCGCCUCCACGCAGCAGAGCAGGCAGCAGACCAAAUUCGUUCAGAGCUCCGUGAGGAAGGUGCACAAGCGAAGACUGCCACCGAGGCUGUAAAGAAAGACCUAGCUGAAAGAGUGUCUAGAGUCGCCCAGCUAGAGGGGUCACUGAGUGAGAACCGCAACCAGCUCAAAGCCAUUCAGCAGCAUGUUGAUGGGCUCAUGCAGGAUGUCAUGGACCGCACGAUGAAAAGUUCAGAUGAUGAGGCAGCGCUCACAAGUCUGGCCAGGCAGGUGCAGCAGGAACAACAGGAGUUGGAGCAACUUCAGCUGGAGAAGGAGAAACUGGAAAAAGCAGCCAGUUUGGCUUUGAAGAGAAGCGAAGAACGAAGCUCCAAGAAGCAAUCCUUGCAGUAUGGGUAUGAGGAGGAGCAAAGCCAACUUGCCCAAAGAUCCGACAUGUUGUCCAAUACUCAAACGAUGGCCUUCUCGGAGCUGGAGAUUACAUCAGCGAAGAUGGCACAGCUACAGGAGGAUGGUGAGUUCAGGGAGUCCGAAGAUCCUGAUCCCGAAGACGAACCAGCUGAACCAGCUGAAUCGAAAAGCGAGGACGUGGACGCGGAAGUGGACUCCGCAGAAAACUCUGAGGAUUCUAGCACUGAAUCACCAGAGCCGGAGGUCCAAUCAGGAUACAUUGAGGACACCGUAGAAAACACGAUAGCAAAAGCUCAAAGCUUUGACUUUGACAAAAUCAUCGAAGAUUCCAAAAGGCACGUCCACUACACAGCAGCAACAUCACCAACGGGCGUAGGUCAGAGCCCUUUGAGACAUGUGUGGCACAUUCAAGGUGAUGGUCCACCUGUAGCAGAUCCUCAGGAAGAUGACAUUGUAAAGGAUCAGCACCACAAAGCGAAGGCAGGUGCGGCAGUCAUAGCCAAAUUUCCAUCAUCCUUUUCCGCGCCACAGACCUAUCCAGAUGGCUGCUUUGCGCCUCGGCAUGCUGCAGAGAUUGGAAAAGAUGAGAAGUGUCCUGAAGCUUGUCCCCUGUUUGCUGAAGACUCUGCCUCUCCUCAGCAUUGCAAUUUCAAAUGCGUGAAUGCAUCCGACUGCGGUUUAGAUCAUACCAACACCAAUCUGGCACAGCCAGUACCUGACACAGCUCGAGGAUUCUGCCGGCGCUGUGCUGUUCAGGGGUGUCAUCGUUGCAACAGGGCAUCCCAUGCAGAUGUUUGUGCGGAAUGCUUGAGGGGCUUUGCUUUAGAAAAUGGAGCCUGCGUCUAUCAAGUUCCCGUGGUAGGGUCUCUUCUCAAGGGCUCACUGUAUUUCGUGAUCCUGUUCCCCAUCAUCUACUUUGUGGCAUGGUAUGCAAGUUUGGCAGCCCGACCCAAAGUGAAUGUGGAGGAAGAAAGGAAAGCUCUACAAUUCAGGACUCAAACGAAGCUUUGUAAGCCGGACUUGGGGGAGGAGCGAGGCGAGGAACGCCAGCUAUGGCCCCUGAAGACAAACACUUUAGCAGUGCCUGUAGCUGGUCCCGGCUCUGUGCUGUUCUUCCGCUACCAACUUUUCAUCAUGGUCUGGGCGCUGGUGAUCGCUGGACUCUGGGUGGCCUUCGUUUCCUCAACUGACGGCUCUCUGUAUGCUCUCGGAACCGAAAAUCCUCAAUCUCCACGAGAGCUUUGUGCAGUGAUCCACCGGGGCUAUGAGCAGCAACGGAGUUUGAUGUCCACAAAGGCUUACUUCUUGGCCACAGCUUAUGUGACUUCAUUUGUUCUCUGCAUUGGCUUUGGCAUUUUGCAGCAGCGAGCUUUCCACCGACUCAACAUGCACGCCACACAUGCAGACUUUAUUGCUUACGUGGAUGGCUUGCCACCUAUCUCCGGCUCCGAAAACCUGGAGGAGAUCCUAAAGACUGAGCUUCAGACAGCUUUGUCGCAGGAUGUAGUUGGCGUUUCGGUUGGCUGGGAUUUUGCACAGCAUUCCGACAGAAUCCUGGAGAUCCUCCAGGAAGACGUCAUGGCACUUGAGCCUGCGAGCAAGGCCGACGGCGCCGAUGAAGGUGCUGCACCACAAAGCUCUGCUCGAUGGAAGUGGUUUCGAGGUAUGGACAAGUUGAUGUUGACCCAGGUCUUGGGAAUUGAUCUCACAGAUCACAGCAAGAUUCCGGCAGGUCCAGAGGCCCUUUCGGCCGAAAGCAUUUCCAAGAGUCUGGUAGCUUCUCCCGCGGCAUUGGUCGUAUUCAAGACAGAAAGUGGAAGGGAUGCAGCAGUAAACUCGAAGAAAAAGAUCUCCUUUCGUGGCUCUACACUGCAGGUGCAAGCUUUGGUAGCUGAACCCAUGGGAAUCUGUUGGCAGAAUCUUGCAAUUCCGAGAAAGAAGAAACGCGAACGAAUUUGGGCAGCCAUCAAGAUGAUCCUCUUGGCAAGUUUUGCCUGGUCAGUGUUUAUCUACAUGCCCUUUGCCCAGUAUACGUCGUCGUUCUCCUACUCAAAUGGCGACAGGCCGUCUGUAGCUGUGACAAUGUCUUUGACGAUCAUCGUUGUCCUUGGCAACCUGGUAAUGUAUACAACAUGUGCAGAAGCAGCUGGGAGGGUUGGCUUUAUGCUUCGUGACUCACAGGAGGGAACUUACAUGGUCCUGUACACAUUUUCCAUUUUGGUGAACAUAUUGCUGGAUGCAGCCCUGACUGGGAGUAUUGCCUAUCGCACAGCCGUUGCUCAGCGAGCGCGGACAUAUGGCGGAACACUCAUUGCAGACUUGACCCGCGCCCAAGCGAUCUUUGAGAGUUUUGAAAUCCAGCGGCAGCUUGGCCUCGCCGUCUUUAAGUACUGCUGGCCAGCAAUGUUCUUCAUUCCCUUUGUAGGAGAAGCCAUCGGCGCAAAUUGCUUCACUCUGCAUUUGGCACGCCUAGUGGUUUCAAGCUUCUCACACAUCAAAGGCUUCAGAGCACAGCAGGCUCUCAAGAUUCUGGUGCCUAUGGAUUCAGGGAGAUAUGCAGAUGUUCUCAUCAAUAUCACAGCUGCCGUCCUUAUUUUCUUCCUGCCUGGCGGCUACACGCUGCCCCUCUUCAUAGCUCUGGCGCUAUCACACCUGUUCAUUAUAUGCUUUGACCACUACCGGGUACUGCGAUGUGUGCCGUCAUUUUGCUUUUGCAGUUCAGUGGUGGACGAUUACGGACAGAUGCUCUUGAUCCUGCCCUGUGCUUUGACACUUGCCGCUUUCGUCCUCAAAGCCAACUGCACUGUAUCCUCGAGCUUUUGCGUCCAGGACACUUCGUUGGGCUUAUCCAUGCUGCUGGCGUUCACUCUCCAUGUUGCCGUGCAUUGGUUUAUACUGCAGACAAUUGUACCAAAAUUGGGCAACGUGAAGGAGCAUGAGCCUACCAAAUUUACAUAUGACCAGGUGGCUGGAUCUAUUGCACCUUCGUGGUUCAACUUGAAUCCAGCACAUUGCCUGCGCUCCAAGUACUUCUACAAGCACCCGGCACCAUGUACCUAUUUCAUGCAGGGCAAAGAGCAUCUUCUGCGCAAAAAUGAGAAAUCAAUGUCUUUCUACGAAGAUCAGCGCAAGGUGGCCAAGCGUCAACUUGAUUCCGAGUUGGCCCAAAUAGAUACAGCAGCAGAUGAUGUUGAAGGCUGUCGGCAGGAAGCAAGGCAGCGAAUAGAGCAAAUGCAGCAGGCGCUGGAGGCCGCGAGUACCAAGAGGUCGUCCCAAAUGGAGGCCGUCACAUCACGCUUACACCGAGUCACAUCAAUGGAGCAGGAGCUCAUUGCAGCAAAGCAAGAGCUGCAAGGUGCAGUGGCGGCAGCGAACAAGUUAAGAGUUUCCGUUGCAAGGACCACAGCUGAAAACGUCAACAAGGAAGAGGCCUUGCUGCAGCGCUUUGUCCAGAUGAAAUCUGAGCUUGAAGAGCACCAGGAAUUGUCCAAGCAGCAAGAGCAGAAGCAGAAAGUCCUGUUCGAUAAACUGAAUGAGACCCAGCAGCAAAGACCAAAGACGAGGGUGCAAGCCGAACAUGCAAAAGCAAAGGGCGCAGAAUUGCGAAAGAUAGCUUCAGAGCUACGGGCAUCCUUAGAUGCAGCCAAAGAAGCUGCAGAUGCAGAAGCUCUUAGAGCAAGCGAGAUGGAGAAGAAUUUAGAGCAGCAACGGAAGGAUUUGCAGGAACUUGCGGAAGAAGCAGCCCGCCAGGAAGUCGUUGCAGCUGCAAUGAAGACAGCCUUGAGCGAGCAAAGGGCUAUGCAUCAAGACUGUGCCAAGGCGCAGAAAGGCCAUUCAACAUCAGCAAAAGAGCAAGAGUUGCAGGUUGAGGAACAGGUGAAAGAACUCCUCGCCAAACGAGCAGAGCUGGCCAUCAAGCAAGAGGCAGUGGCCGCUGCCUGCAGCGUGGAAAAGGAGAGAUUGACAGAGCUGCGCAAUGAGUUUGAGGAGGUUCGCACAGCCACCUCCAAGAAAAUCGAGGAUGCCACCAAGGAGUUGGCGGUUCAGGAGUGCGCAACAUCGUUAGAGGCAAAGCUCUCCCAGAUUGACAUGGAGUUAAGCCUCAGCAAGGAGAAAUUCUCAGUUGACAUGCAGGCCCUCGAGUCACACAAAGCAGAGGCUGCCACCUUGCGGAAACGACUUCAGGAGAGUGCUUCACGUCAUGAGCAGGUCCUUGCAAAGGCAGAGUCUGGCCAAGAAAUGAAUCAAUCGAAGGACCCAGCCUCCGAGCAGAAGACAAAGUUACUAAAGGAGCUUCUCGUGCACCGAGCAGCGUCUCUUCGGGAGGCUUCUAAGCAAAGCACCGAGGCAGAGAAGAAUGUCCAGGCUUUGCAGCAGGAGCAGAGGAGUCUUCAGGAAGAGUACCGUGUGGUGAUGGAUGAAAUGAAAAGCCAGGUUAGCAAAGGCAAUGAUCACUACUCCAAAUUACAGGAGUUGGAGGAGGACAUCAGAACCUUUGACGACGAAUCGGAACUCUUGACCCUUGGCCUCCACGAUGCAGAGCAUCGGAAGACUUUCCUUCUGCAGGAGCAUGAACUUUUGCGGAAGACUUCUGGCAAUUUCCACCCGAAUCUCCUUCAACAGUGGGCCAAAGAGGUCCUGGGCCUAAGAGUGGCUGCCCAGGUAAAGUCAUACGAGGA